UCACUGGAGGAUGUAUAAAAGGCUUCCAGAGUCCUGGAAUGAUUUGUCCAUACAUCCUCCUCUAGGGUGAGGCUACCUCUGGGUAGGGAGACACUUGUAUAUCCCUCACUCUGAUGCUGCCAAGACCAGCCUGAUCUCUCCUCUUGCCUCUGUCCCAGGAGUAGACAAGCCAGCUUCCCACUGAUGUCACAGCAGAAGCAGCAAUCCUGGGAGCCCCCUAGUGCUCCCAAAUACUCACCUUCCCAGUGCCCAAACAUCUCCCUGGCUGCCUGUGACCUCUGUUCAGGAGGGCGUGAUUCUGGUUCCCUAAAACCCUGGGGUCAGAGCCCUGGCCACUCUCAGAGGGCUCACUGCAAGAAGCCCCGCUGCCUCGGUGGUGGCACAGUCUACCACAUCAAGGAGAAGGAGUGCUGAGGGGACCAGCUCAACAACACUGUGCAGCCAGAGCUGUGGCUGCUACAAACCCUGAGGUCCCCGGAGAGACUGAAGUCUCCACAUGCUGCCCCUCUUUCCUCCCAAGAUGCUGACAGGUGGUGUUUCAGAGACACACAGUUUGAGAUUUCUGUCUCAGCAUCCUCAUAG